AUGCUUUUAGUUUCUAAAGCAGGUCGUAAGCACAGAGCAUUAGAUUCUAAAAGGGCCGAAGACAUAAAUAAUGAACUGUCAUUUCCAAGAUUUGCUGAGCCAAUUCCUAAUGUGACAGUAACUGUUGGACGAGAUGCCUUACUGGCUUGUGUUGUGGACAAUUUAAGAAAUUAUAAGGUGGCAUGGGUACGUGUGGACACUCAGACGAUAUUAUCGAUAUAUCACAAUGUAAUUACACAGAAUCCAAGGAUAAGCUUGUCUUACAACGACCACAGAUCAUGGUACCUUCACAUUCGAGAAGUCACUGAGGAAGAUAGGGGCUGGUACAUGUGCCAAGUCAACACUGAUCCUAUGAGGUCAAGGAGAGGAUACCUUCAAGUCGUAGUGCCACCUCAAAUCAUCGAAUCACAAACAAGUUCUGAUCUGGUUGUUCGCGAAGGAUCCAACGUGUCAUUGUCUUGUAAAGCGAGAGGAUAUCCUGAUCCUUAUGUCAUGUGGAGGAGGGAAGAUGGAGAUGAAAUGUCCGUUUCAGGUGACACAGAACUGUCAUUUCCAAGAUUUGCUGAGCCAAUUCCUAAUGUGACAGUAACUGUUGGACGAGAUGCCUUACUGGCUUGUGUUGUGGACAAUUUAAGAAAUUACAAGGUAAUAGAAUAA